CGCACAGGUAGACCCUUUUCAAAAACACGCAGGAACGAUUCCCUUCAACUAAGCAGUGGAAUUCAUUAUUUAAAGGUGGUUUCUUUGUAUGUUUUCAUUAAGUUCAAAUGUAAUCCGUUUAAAAUCAUCCAAACACGUUUUAUCAAUGUACGUGUGAGUUCGUAUAGGCUUUUAUUUGACCGGAAUUCUCAUGAAACAAUGAAGCGAUUUAUAAACAGCGACCGUUGGUAAUGCCAAUGACACGGAUAGUUUGGAGACAACAAUCAAUGUGAUGUUGUGUUUUACGCCCAAAAGGCCUACCACCAAAAGUUGCCGGUUCGACUUCAACGUGACACCUUCAGAAUGAUACCGUCGGAACUACUUUCACCUAUCAUCAUCUUAUGCACUGUACGUCUCAUCUUUGGCACUCCCUCUACCCACCUCUCCCCCGAGAUGUCGGCCGCCCUCCAUCUCUUGAGGCCGGAGGCGAAGGUUUCGUUCGCCGGCGCCUGCCUGGGAGAGUACCGGUGUAGCGAGGCCGAGGUGGCCAGCUACGCCUGGCAGAGUUCCCACGCUGAUACCGCUGUAAGGAAGCGGUUCUGGCACACGUACGACUGCACCUGGAACGAGGACCCGAGCCAAUGUCCAGUCGACGGUGGCUGGAGUUCGUGGAGUGAGUGGGGAGACUGCGACACGACCUGCGGGGACGGAACCAAGCUGAGAUAUCGGGCCUGCGACUGGCCCCAGCCUAAAAACGGCGGCAACGAAUGCCACGGACAGAACUCUAGCGUGACAAGUUGUAGGGUCAAAAUGGCCUGCCCUCCGCCUGACAAUGAUUCGACUGUUACAAAAGGAUCUCCCGGGGAAUCUGUCCAGCAUAAAGCUCUGCUGGCGAUGGAGCCGUUUAACAAGGGUAACGCAGAGCUGCAAUCAGCAUGUAUGGACGGGCGCUGCAGCUAUCAGCAAGUGACGGAGAUGGUCACCCCGCGAAAUCUCGCUGAUGUCUACUGGACUAAUUUGAUUUGCUACAAACACUUUGAAGGAUGCCCCGUGGACGGUGGUUGGUCGGAGUGGAGCAUGUGGAGUAGCUGCUCCUCGCGCUGCGGGACCGGCAAGGCCUACCGGUCCCGGCGGUGCGCCAGCCCGCAGCCCCGGCACGGCGGCCGGUACUGUGACGGGACGGAGUAUGAGGAAGGCAUGUGCUUUGACGAUUCUUGCGUUGAGGCGGUUGGUGUUUUGCUGACUCCGUGGUCCAUGUGGUCAGCGUGUUCAACCACCUGCAACGAUGGGGUGAAAACCUCCACCAGACGGUGCCACGGCAGCGACGUGUGCGACGUCGGCAAAGGGCAAGUCGCCGCGCUGCUCACCAGGGAGAUACCUUGCUCGGGUGGACUCUGUCCCGAAGUGGGAGGUUGGAGCGAGUGGAGUGCUUGGACAGUGUGCUCGGCCAUCUGCAGCAAGGGGCGGCGGGUCAAGGAGCGGGCAUGCAACAAGCCACGCCCCCAGGGGGAGGGAAACGACUGCGAAGGGGAGUCGUUUACGGAGGAGGAGUGCAGCCAGCACGCACCGUAUUGCGAAGGAAUACCCGAAGAUGUAACAAUGUACGAGGAGUGGUCUCACUGGUCGGAGUGCAGCGCCCCUUGCGACAGUGGUAUGACAAUCCGCCAUCGGACGUGCUUGGAGCAGGGUCACCCGUGCCGAGGCGAACUCUACGAUCUGCAGCUAUGCAAUGAUGACUUGCCCUGCAAAGCUGAUGGUGAUUGGACUCCGUGGACUGAGUGGUCGGUGUGCACGGUCACAUGCGGUGAGGGAGAUACGGAGCGGUACCGCCAGUGCAGCAACCCGAGGCCCGAAUUUGGUGGCCUGAGUUGCGAAGGAGACGCCGACGAGAAGAAGAAAUGCCUCCUCUCUGAAUGCCCGGCGGACACCCCCACUUGGGAGUCGUGGGGUGAGUGGUCCCAAUGCACUGUAACGUGCGCGGGAGGAACUUCCACUCGGACACGGGGGUGCUUGGUGAGCUACGGGAACGGGCAGGAGCCCCGGCAAGUGCCGUUUUCGAGAUGCGCUGGAGAAUAUCAACAGAUCAACGUGUGCAAUUAUCUGCCUUGUCCAGUCGAUGGUAAUUGGGCGAGUUGGGGCGACUGGGCCAGUUGCAGCCGGAGCUGCGGCGACGGCGUGGUGAAGCGAGACCGGACAUGCACGGACCCAGCCCCGGCAGGCGAAGGGGAGGUGUGCGGUGGGUAUGGCACAGAGAUUGUGCCCUGCUACCAACAACCAUGCCCAGUCCCUGACGAAAUUCUCCGGACGUUCGACGGCAGUGCCUUCAUGAUGUACCACCGCGCCGCCGCGCCCUCCAAACUCCUCCUCUUCUACAUGCGCUUUAUGCCCAGCAACCCCAGCAGCCUGCUGGCCUUACGUCACGAUGACGUCGUCCACUCAGAGCAGAUGGUUACGGUGGGCGUGGCCAACGGUCACGUCCGAGUCUACGCUAAGCUAGGACAGGCCGAGAGUGUAGUUGUGAGCUCUAAUGGAAUACAUCUGAAUAAGUGGAACAGAGUCGAAGUGACCAUCAGUGGAGGGCACACCAGCGUGAGGUUGAAUGACGGUGCUCCGGUCUUUAGCAACUUCACCCUCCCGCUCCCAGCUCACUUGGACUGGGAUCAGUCCAUGUACAUUGGCGGUGCUCUGCCUUAUCUCUUCCCCGGACCUGCACGCGAGUAUGUCGGUUUUGUUGGCGCUAUAUCCGCUCUACGAGUGAACUACAAGGAGUACACGCUCCAUGAUAUCAGGCCGGAGUGGACAGGGGUGGGCCUACCUUUCGUCAGCUUCGACGUUGGAACUCGACUGGCAGACAUCAAUGCGCAAGUUACGGUAUUCACCGGCCGCGAGUACACCUUUCUACCGUGUCCGAACACAACCGACGAGCAGUUCUCCCUCAAACUCACCUUACGACCCGACGGUCCCGACGGCAUCGUCUCGUACGUCAUGGGUCUGGUUCCGGGCUCGUUCGUGGCGCUGACGAUGAUGGACUCUCGCGUCGCUCUGUUCGUCAGUUUCGGGGACAGCAUCGCGACCGCCAAGAGUGUUGAUAUAGCCUUAUCAAAAUGGGCUAUAGUCGAGUUGACGCUCCGAGGUCGCGAGGCCGAGAUGCGCGUGAACGGCGGUCCGGCCAUCCAACUCGCCGUCGAGGGAACCGAUUUCGCGCCUGCUCCUCGAGUCCACAUCGGUGGAGUGCCCGGCCCGGAUAGGACGGUGGCCCGCAUGACGACGGGCUGGGACCGGGGCCUGGUUGGUGCGGUCUACGAGGUGACCGUCAACCGGUACCAGUACCUGCUGACGGAGACGGCACUCAAUAUGGAGGACAUGUACCUGGACUCUGCAUCCACCACGAUUUCAGCUCACUACCGGGAAGUCAGGAGACCACUCCACAGCAGUGUGGCGCUUCAUUGUAACUAUGCCAACAUUCGCAAGGAGAAGCCCAUGGUGACGUGGCUCUAUGGCGACAAAAUAUUGGAGGAAUCCACCCACGUUAGCAUAUUCAAACCGAGUGUCUUUUCCCCGCAUAAGUCAAUCUUGAAUCUGCACAUUCUGCAGUCGGACAACGAGGGGCCGUACGCAUGCAUGGUCUGGUACCGCGGCAAGGCCGUCAUCACGCAUGCAUUUGGUGUCUCGAUUUAUGAACCUAAAGAGUUUGAAUUUCAUCUCGAGUCCAACGUCGAGCUUAUGGUGAUAGGAAAUGUCGCCCUCAUCGUUGGAUUUAUCAUUGGCAUCAUUGCUCUGUCGUGCUUCAGAGUAUGCAGGCGGAGGUUUUUCUUCUUGGACAUGAUGCACCAGUCUACGGUCUUCUACUUCGGCCUGGACGAGUGGGCGUGGCUGCGGGACCCCGACGUGCCAGAUCGCGCCACCAUGCUCCAGGUCAACGCCACCUUCGACAAGGACUUCUCGGCCCGCGAAGAGAAGAUCAAAUUCGACCAGGCGCUCAAGAAGAAGAAAACACUGGAGCAGCUGAAGACGAAGGCCAAAGAGGUCAAGGGCAAAAUGAAACGGAAGAAGACAAAGAAAAACAAGGGUGACGUAGAAAGUGGCUUGGAUAGCCGUGAGAAUGCAGAAAAUGCAACUGAGAAGCCUGGUAAAAGCCCAGAGAAAUUAAAGAAAAUUAAACGAAAGGAGACAAAGAACAACGACGACGAAGAAAGUACCUUGGAUAGUAAGAAGGUAGAAAAUGCAACAGAGAAGCCUGAAAACGCAGCACAACACAAGACGGGUAAAACCCCAGAGAAGGUUACAUUGCUGGAGCAGCUGAAGACGAAGGCCAAAGAGGCCAAAGGCAAAAUGAAAUGGAAGAAGAAAACGAAAACCAAGGGUAACGUAGAAGUUGACUUGGACAGCCGUGAGAAUGCAGACAAUGCAACUAAUAAAAAACAAGAGAAGGGUACAACAGUGAUUACGGUGACGCCAAAUGAAGCACUCGAGAUGACCGCGGAAUCCAGCACCAAACAUUCCGAACGGUCAGAGGAGGGUCCUGAGGUAUCUUUGAAAUCGUCCCAGAUACACAACAAUGUGAACCAAUCUGCAGGGACGUACGGAAGUCUUCUGCAGCGGAAACCCAGCGAGUCGCUUAGCGACAGAGAGAUCAACCUGAGGCGCCUGUCCCACGAGAUCGUUACGGGAAAACCAGAGUCCUCAACCUCGAGCUCCUCACACGGGGGAGAAUCACCGGAACCGCGGCCGGUGAACGGGGACUCGGUGAGUUCCCUGGUGAUUCCGGAAGAUAAAAGACAGGUGGACCUAAUAGAAUUAGAUGACCAGGAAAGACGAGGGGAUUGGGAAAAAGAAGAACCGUUAUACGUAAACAUAGAUACCAUCAGGGACCGAAGGAGGCAAAGCAAAUCGUCUUUGGGGAGCCUCAGGUUAUCACAGCGAGGGUCUUCCUCAACAUCGAAUGACUCGGAACCUCCGCCAGCUCCCCCGAGACUGCUUCCGUCAGAAGAAACAGUGGAAGUCGACAUGGACGCGGUCCGGGAAAACUGGCGACAGAGCAUUUCCCGGGAAAUUUUGAGUGACUAUGGUGCUUCCAAGAGUUCAGCGACCGAGGUUCUCUCAACACAAGACCGGAGGCGCCAAAGCAUGGCGCAAGCAGGCCACGACGCUGGUCGCUUGUUCAACCACCGCGGGUCGAUAGGUGGCGCUGUGACCAAACUCUCCGAGGCAGUUGCCGAGGAUGCCAUUGCUGGUUUCGGUGAAAUGAAUGAUGAGGGGUCUGAAGAGGACGAAAUGCAGGAUGAAGACAAUGCGAGAAGGCAACUCAGUCUCGUGUUGGAGGAGGAGGAUGGAGAAGACCAACCAUUGCUGGAUCAAGCAUCCUCGGCGUCAGCGAGUGAUGAAGAUGAGGACGAGUCCCCAGAUGACAAUGAGAAAAACUUUUUGAUUGCUGAGAGAGACAGUAGCGAAUGAUGCUUACACAGAAUGCCGGUACUAUUUGAAGUCAACAUGUGUAUAUAGAGGAGUAUACUUUAGGAAGAGUAUACUCUUCCUUAAUGAAGUUAUAGCCACAAAUGAUAGUUACCACGAAACUUGCAGUGCUGCUACAUAAAUAUGAUAUAACAAUAUAACAUAAUAGCGUUUAGGCCAAAAAAAAAGUCUCCGGUUUCUGGUAUGCGCGCGCGUCGCCGUAGCCAUGCGCGUCGGCAAAAUGAA